AUGAGGAUUACAUCAUAUCCCUUGUUAUCAACGGCAUCAUCUAUUGUGUUAUACACUGCAUAUAUUACUGUUAUCUUUAGUUUUAUCAGCCUAAUUGUUACAAAUCAACAGACUACAGCAUCUACAUGGAUUUGUUUAAGUCGUGAACAGUUGAUAGCAUUAUCAAAUUCAAAAAAUACGUAUAGAUUUGAAGGUGAAAUUAUACAAAUCGAUAAAGGCGUAAUAUUAAAUAAUAAUGAUGGUAAAAAUUAUGAUAAUUUAAAUGCUUUUGUUAAAAUCACAAAAAUUCUACGACAACCAGUUGGUAGUGUUCAACAAAUCCAUCUAAAUGAAUUAGUUCAUGUGAAUAAGAUUCAGUCAAGAGAUACACCAAUAAGCAGUGAUGGGAUUAGUAAUGCUAAUAAUAAUAACAGAAAUGCGGAUGAGUGUUUGCCUAAUUUAGAAAGAGGUAAACGAUAUGAAUGGAUUACUUAUUCACUGGAGAAUAAUGAUGGGCGUAUUGAUGGGAGUCAGAAAGAAUUAACUCUACUACCUGGUGGGGUGUUCAAGUUACCUGUUACCCCAGUAUCAUUACCACCAGCCAGAUCAUCCUUACCAAUAAAAUCUAAUCAAAACAAGGAGUUUCGUAGUGAUGUAUGCCUAAAACGGGAGUGUCGAUUUGGAGCAGUCUGUGAAGAAUGGUUAUCGAAAGAAACAAACCAGUAUAUUGGUGUAUGCGUUUGUCCAACAUUAAUAGAUAUGGCGAAAAAUCAUAUGUGCAAUAUGAACAGUGGUACAAUUUGUACAACAAAUGGUUUAUUUUACCUAAAUGAAUGCGUUAUGCUACAUCAAGCGUGUUUAAAACAAACGGAAUUGAAACCAAUGAAUUUGAAUAUAUUUAGUAGAAUAUUAUCUCAAAGUGAUUGUAGUCAAUUAAUUGAAAAAACGUCAGUUACAAUCAACAGUCAUGUAUCACUGAGAACCACGCCUAAGCCUCAGUCGAAUCACCCAAAAGCCGACAGCAAUAAUAUUCAGCUAGCACCGUCUUCAAAUCUGCCAAAGACGAAGACAGACGAGAAACCGCAACAAGACUCACCAUCACUUCAACAACAACAACAACACCAACAGCAACAACCUUCUCAACUAGUCAAGGUGGACUAUAAUAACAAUGGUGGAAAUAAUCAAUACGCUUGUCCAACUAGAACAUGUCCAAAUGACUUGAAUCCUGCUUGUGAUUCUGACGGUGUAAUGUAUGCAAAUGACUGUCUGCUGAAAAAGUAUUCAUGUCGAAAAUUCGGUAACUUGAGACCGGCUACAAGUUAUAUUUGUGAUUCAAAAUUUCAGAGGUCUACUCAAUCGAAGAUAGAAUUAUGCGGCAGUGCUAAUUUAUGCCUUUAUGGUGGGAUAUGUUAUGAUCCACUCACUUAUUAUGCAUCAUCUACGACAAGAAUUACACCGAAGAGAAUAAUGUCAAAGUUUUCCAAUUGUAUCUGUGACGGUAUUAAUUGUUUAAAUGAAUGGCCUGAUCCAGUAUGCGCAGAUGACGGUGAAACAUAUACUAAUCAAUGCUUUUUAAAGCGUGCAAUCUGCGAAACACAAAAAAUGAAGCGUAUAUUAUAUCGAGGAAAUUGUGCCUCCAACCCAUGUCUACACCAUAAAUGUCGAUGGCAAGGUGAAACAUGUCAAGUUGAUAUAAAUGGUGAAGCGAAGUGUACAUGUCCUGAACCCUGUCCACAGGUUGUCUCUCCAGUCUGUGGUAGUGAUGGAAUAACAUAUGAUAGUACAUGUCAUUUGGAAAGAACAGCAUGUCAAAAAAUGCGAGAAAUACAUGUACUAUAUUCAGGAGAAUGUAGUCAAGUAAAAGACUGCAUGCUACUCAAUCAACCGUGUCAAGGAUAUGAAAUAUGCUCACGGAUUAAAAAUCCAAUGGUUUAUGGUACAACAAACCAAAGAUUAGAUGCAAGUGAAUAUGGUUUAACCAAAUCAUUUGAAGAUACAAUACCACAGUGUAUUUGUCCUUCAUGUCCAGAAAAUGGUCUUGGUGGACAGGUUUGUGGAUCAGAUGGGCAAACAUAUCGUAGUGAAUGUCAUUUAAGAUCAAGUGCAUGCCAACGGCAUUCAACAGAUCUGACGGUCAAAUCAAGAGGAAAAUGCGACGCAUGUCAAAUGAAAGAAUGCAAAUAUUAUGCUAUAUGUCAGUUGAGUGUAUUCGGCGAACCACAGUGUGUCUGUCCAACAGACUGUCUUUAUAUUAGGAAACCUGUCUGUGGAACUGAUGGUAAAACUUACGAGAAUGAAUGUUUCUUAAAAGUUAAAUCUUGCGCUGAUCAAAUUGAAGUUCAUGUGGCACAAGAAGGUUAUUGUCGUCCUUGUGCUGGUGGAUGUCCAUUGGGUUUCCAGUGUCGUAAUGGUCAGUGUGUAUGUCGAGAUAAAUGUCCACCGAAACAUUCAAAUGAACCUGACGUAUGCGGUACAGACGGGAAACUAUAUCCAAGUGAAUGUGAACUGAAACGUCAAUCGUGUAUUCAACAAACUAAUAUUGAUGUUGACUUGACUGGCGUAAAAUGUCGGCAUAAUAAUCCAUCUCUUCUACAAGAUUCUAAUGGGAAAAUGUCAGGAAAUAUACAAGCUGAUGGUGUUAGAUUACCGAGUUGUACGUGUAACAAACUUGGUGCAUUGUCAGAAGAAUGUGACUACUUAGGCAAUUGCCGAUGUAAAUGGGGUGUUGGUGGCUUGAAGUGUGAUCAAUGUCUUGGGAACUAUUGGGGCAUACAAAACAAUCAUGAAUGCAUUCCCUGCUCCUGUCAUCCUCUUGGUUCAGUUGAUUCAUCGUGUAAUCAAGCUACAGGUCAAUGUCAUUGUCGUUCAGGUGUUGUAGGACGACAGUGUUCAAUGUGUCCAGAUGGCAGUCAGGUAACAGAAAGUGGCUGUAAUAUGAAAGAAGAAUACAAUGAAGUUCACACCAGGAAUGAUGCAAAUCAGCGAUCAAAUGAACAAAAGGAUUCAGUUAAACAAACUGUACUCAAUACAACUAUCACUUUAAGUCCUCCUUUAUCUGAAGUAAUAGUCGACAGGAACAAUUACGAUAGUAACAAUGACAAUGAAAAUAAUCCCGUCAAUGGAAGAUUCUUUACAGAAACAACUACAUUAUUAGUUGACUUACCAUUUCAAAUUGAUCAACCGACUGAAAUCCAUCUGACGUUAACUUUAUAUGAUGCAAACGGUAUGCUGUUGCAUUAUCGUUCACCGCCGACUGAACAAGAAUUAAUGCUUUUACAAAAUGCUCAAGAUCAUCUAUUCACUAUGGGAGUAUCAAAUUGGAGAGUUGUUGUAAAAUAUAUCGAUGGACGUGUACCUAAUCGUAUAUUGCUUGUCUACAGUCAACAAAAUCUUACUCAACAUGUUAGAUAUAACAUUCAAACAGGCAUUAAUUCUGGUCGACCAUGGAUACAAAUUGAUGGAUACCCGAAAACAACUAAUCAUGAUGUCAUUGAGAAAUGGGCUAGUCCUCAUUCAACCAGUAAUAAUAACAUACCUGGAGCUGGUGGCUUAAAAACUCUUAUGAUUGGUCGACAAAUUAAACAAAAUGGUUACGGUAUUGUUGAUACUAAUGAACUCAUCGAAACGCAUGAAGAUUACGGUUUCUCUGGCUGUUUAAGUAAACUGACACUUAAUACGGGAGGAUCAUUUAAAAAAUAUUUUAAUUUAAAUCUUAUAAAUGGUGUUCAAAAUAAUUUGGCGUGGUAUGGAAUAUCAACAAAUCAUAAAACAGCACCAUUAUGCUCACAAUCAAUUCACAAAGUAGCAUUGAAUACAGCAGAUAAUAGUAAUAAUAAUAAUCAAAUGGACAAUACUCAACGUUUAUUACAAUCUGAUCAAAUACAAAGGCAAGAAAAUAUAAUUCCUCCAAAACACCAACAAAUAUCUAAUACACAUCAAUCUAAGAUUUGCAAAAAUUAUGGAACUGUUGUACUUGCUGCAGAUGGAAAAUAUGUUUGUGUUUGUCAACCUGGAUGGCAAGGUGAUUUAUGUGAACAGAUGGUCACUAUUAUACCUCAGUUCUCAGGCAAUGGAUUCAUUCGUCUAGCUGGCCCAACAGGGAAACAAGCAAUGAAACGGAAAAAGUUACACAUUGAGCUAAUUUUCUUGGCAGUCAAAUCUUCAGGCUUAUUGUUUGCCAUCCCGCCGAAAUCUCCAUAUCAAGGUCCAUUCAUAACUGCUCAUUUAGAUUCACAAAGCUACUUGACUCUGAAGUACAAUGAACCAGUAAAACUGCACCACUGGCAUACACUAAUCAUUGAUAAAUUGCCUAAAAUUCUUCGUGUUAAAAUGGAUAAUAGUAAGAAGCAACGCGUACCACUGAUUCCUUCACAGUUUCUCCAUGCACAAAGUCGUCUCCCGAAAGAGUUAAGUAACUUCGAUUUGUCAUCAAGUCCAAUUUAUCUUGGUGGUUAUGACUUUCGUGAUCAAGCAACAUUCAGUUUUCUUCCUGUUAGACAAGGUUUAGAAGGAGCUAUUCAGAGGAUCAAUAUAAAUGGUGCUGAGGUUGUAUUAGCCGGACCAUCUCCCGCAGAUAUGACAAAUACACCCGAAGAGUUGAGUAGAUCAUCUCAUCUAAUUGAAAAAUGGGCAAAUACAUCACAAUGGCAAGGCUUACCAUGUGGUCCAGACUAUUCACCUUGUCAAUUAGACCAACCAGAUAAUAUAUGCCGUCCAAAUAUACAACGUGCUACAUGUGCAUGUACAACACCGCUACAGCUGAUGCAUAUGAUGAAAGGGAGAUUAGAUGAACAAAUCGAUGAAGUUGAAAAACAAGCAUGUCUUCAGCGUAAAAUGGAAAUGUCUAAUACAAACUCUGGAUUAACAUUUAAAAAUGAUGGUCAACUACAAUAUGAUGGACCGAAUCGUGGAACUUUUAUUGGUGAAUCAUUCAAUGAAUUUAAUGAAGAAGUGCCACCAUCAAAUUAUGAUGAAGUUGAAAAGAUUUUCAUCAAUUUCAGUGGUUCAACAGUUUAUAAAUAUAGUGGACUAAUAAGAUUCACAAUUCUAGAAGAUAUGGAUUUAGGAGGUGAUAUAUACCUUUCAUCACACAAAGACUCAAAGAUAUACAGGCGAAAAGUAACAAACUGGCUGAAGAAGCAGGCAAGGAAGACAGGACUUCAAAUGAACAUAGAGAAGAUGGAGGUGAUGAAGGUGACCAACUAAAAGCAAAAGCAACAACCAGCACCAACUACCAUCAACUGGAGAGGUUUGUCAGAGGUUACUUCCUUCACUUAUCUAGAAAGCAUAGUUUCAACCACCGGCAGUUGGAACGAAUGAGGAUGUGAAAGCCAGUCAAAAUUCGGAAGAUAAGAUACGCCUUCAUCAACCUGAAACCAGUUUGGAAAUCUUCUGCUUCACUUAGCCUCAGCAUAAGCAACAAGAUUCCGGUUUCUAACACAUAUGUGAAGUCAGUCAGUCAGUCAGUCCUUCUAUACAGGUCAGAAAAUUGCACUGCCUGUCACGAAAAGCAUUUCCAACAAGUUACAGACUUUUAUCAACAGCUGCUUCCUUCUCUGACGCCACACUGAAGAUCAAGUGGUCAGCCAACCUGCAAGAAAUAACAACGAGAAACUCUGUCUGGGAAAGAACCAACCAAGAGGCAACUACUCAGCAAAUAUGUAGGAAAAAAUGAAGAUGGAUCAUGCCUACUUUGAGGAGGCUGUCGAAUGGCAUUGGGCGCAGUUCGAACCAUCGCUCCAGUUGAAUUUGAGUGGGAAGCGACAAGUGGGUCGUCGGUGUGAGGAUGAUAUAGAGGAGGUCGUGUGACGACGAGGAGGAGAUGAGAGAUUAUGGUGAAUCGUCGAGCCAGCUGAAGAGGAUAGCAGGGGAUAGAACAAGGUGGAGAUGUGUUGUUGAAGCCCUCUGUUCCACUCGGAACCCAAGGGAAUAAUAAUAUUAUGAGAAGUAUUGACGAAUUAAAUAAUCGUCUUCAUUAUUAAUUAAAAUGUGUUUUAUUCAUAACAAAUGCUAAAUAAUAAGAACUAAAAAUUCAACAGUAUGUGUACUCAAUCAAAGAACCAGAAACUCUAUCUCAUCCUGCCGAUAUUUACCAACUAAGGGAGCAUUCUUAUCUGGAGACUCUAUUUUUCAACUGUUAGAUUUGGUCAUAAGGCAGUAUCAGUGAGAUUCCAAUGAAAACCUAGAAGUGCUGGGCAGUUGUUUCGCCCUAGUUUGGGACUCUUCAUCAGUAUGCAUCCACAAUCCCAUCAAAGACCGAGCACAAGAGACCAAGCUCGUCGAUCAUUCAGCCACUUAGGCCAGAAGUGAAGGAUUCAUGAAUUCUAACUUUUGUCAGUUCGUAAUAGAACACUAGCCUGAGCCAAUGCUAUCUAUGAGCACCCAAUUCCUCUUGACAACGUGGACGCCACUUUCGACAACUUCUUGCUGCAUCUGCAGGAUAUCUGUCUGGCAGCCAUCAGUGUAGUGAAGGUCAGAUUUCAAUAUUCGUCUUCG